GUGUUUUUGGAACAGAAAAAGUUUAAUCUCACAAGUAAGGAAUUAUUGAAAUACAUAAAAGUUGGUCUUUCUCUGUGCAAUUGAUUUUUUUUUUCUUCUGUAAAUUGCUUUCCAUAGAAGGACAAGUGCAGUUUUCAUCCUAUUUUUAAGUUGCAGUGAAACGUUUUGGUGACAUUCGACUUCCAGGGUUAGCUACAAGCAGUGGUGGCCACCAGACGUCAGCGGAGUCGACAGUGAUGUGUAAGGUCUGUGGGACUUACUUUGAGUCACGCAAGGGGUUAUCCAGCCACGCCCGCCUGCAUCUUCGGCAACUUGGAGUGGCAGCUUCAGAAAACAGUGGCACACCCAUCGAGCUGCUCUACCAGCUGGUCCAAGACAGCGAUGGAACCUUCCCCACAGGCAAGCGGGAUUCCCCAGCUGUUGGGUUGAUGGGGAGUUCAGGCAUAGUGACCCCACAAAAGGUGGCGGGUGAAGAAUCUCCAGCUGAAAUAAAGGAGGAGACAGCUUUGGCUCCGCCCUCGUCUUCCUCUGCUGUUAGACCGGUCGCGUCUCGAAUGAAUGAAGGCAGCAGCUCCUCAUCAGACCUUCACCUGACCCCGACCAAACCACUGUGGGCACCGCUGGAAACCGACGCCCCCAUCACUUUAGCGUCCAACACAAAAGAGGAAGUUCAUGUGUGCGAACUCUGUGGCUGUUGGUAUGAGACACGUAAAGGUCUGUCCAGUCACGCUCGGUCCCACCUGCGGCAGAUUGGGAUCCCUGACAGCGAGAUCCGGGGGAGUCCUGUUGAGUUCCUCUACCAGAUGGUAGCAGAAGAAGACCCCCAGCCUAUCAGCCAAGAGCGACAAAACCCCCCAAGCUCCUCCUCCAAACGUCCCUCAGGUGUGUCCUCUCCACCUGGACCUCCCCCCAGCAAAAAACCCAAAAGUUUAGACUGCACCUGUGUUCUGUGCGGGGAGGUAUUUGAGCAUCGGAAAGGAUUGUCCAGCCAUUCGCGGUCCCACCUACGUCAGCUGGGAGUGAUCGACUUGUUGGAAAAAGGCUCUGCGAUCGAUACUGUCCAGGAACUGGUUAAAAGUGGCGUGCUCGAGGGUGUAUACCCCCCCAAACCUAACAGCGCCAUGAACUUAUCUGCAGUGCCUUCUCUUGCUUUGUCUCUGCCUCCUGGCAAAUCCCAGUCUCCCUUUUCUUUCCCAUCCCGCAGUCCAGGUCCUGCAAAGUCACCUCACUCUCCCCCUGUAGCUCUCAACCGGGCACCAAAGGCCAAGAAAGGCUUUCGGCUGGCAGUGGACCCGCUCCUCAGGACGCCCAAGCCUGAGCCCCUGGACGACGAUGACAUGGUUGUUUUAGCGGACAGUGCAGGAAGCGGUUCGCACCCCGCUCCAAAGUCUCUGAAUGCAGAUGUGGCGUCCAUACCCUCAGUGCUUUGUGACUUCUGUGGAAUGCUGUUUGACACUCGCAAAGCCUUGUCAUGCCACGUGCGCGCUCACCUGCGCCAGCUCGGCAUCACCUGGUCUGUCAGGACGUCUCCUAUCGAUCUCCUCAAUGAGGUCAUGAAGCGUGGCUAUAAAGCCAGUGAGCCGGGGCUCGGUGAGGUGCUGACAUCAGCGAAGACUUCAUCCUCCCCUCUGAGCUCAAAGAGGCCUGUGAGCGUUGUGCCGCCAGGAGACACACCCAGCAGUCCGUGCACGUCGCCCAUCGACUAUUCCAUGAAGGACAAGCCGGCUUCCAGCAAAUCUGCACCGUUGCCACUCGACACGUGCUGUGAGCUCUGUGGGUUUUACUUUGAGAACCGUAAGGCUCUGGCCAGUCACGCGCGCGCUCACCUGCGACAGAUGGGUUUGUUUGAGUGGAAGGUCGAUGGGGCGAGGUCGCCGAUCGAUCUGCUCAGUGAGCUGAUCCGGAAGAAUCCUACCAAGGUGGCCGAAGUGACCCGACGCUACCAGAUGGGGACACUGUAUAUCAAAAAGGGUACCAGAGCCGCCGGCUCCACCUCUAAAUCCAGCGGCACAGACAGAACGCCUGGCGGAACCAUGAAAUCUUUGGGACAACAGCCAGAGCACAGCGGGACCGGCAACAAGGCGACUAUCACCGCGGACUCAACUGAAGCCCCUCUGAACCAACCAGAGAGCUGCGCACAGACGAAGGCGGGCCACAGUGACCACGGCAUGCACUCCCCGAGGGGCCAUCAUCCUCCAAAACGUGCCACAGCUGCAGGGAGAGAACAUCGAACUGGCAGCUCACAGCAAACGCCACGUUCUGGAAACAUCCCGGCUCUCCUGCCAAAGCCCCCGCUUACGCCUCUGGUCACAUUUGUGGGAAAAAUAUACUCGCUCAAGUGCAGGUUCUGUGAGAAAGUGUUCCAGGGGCCUCUGUCGGUCAAGAGGAGUGGAUCACACACCUGCAGAAACACAUCCUGGGACUCGGCUACAAAGGCAAAGAGUCGUCGUCUUCGUCUCCUCCUCCGGCGGCAGCGCUCGUCCACCCCGUAGCCGUCUGAUACACCUCUGGACUUCCAGCUUCAAAUGUCAGGUCAGGUCAAAGUACAGACACAAUCAGUGAAGUGAAACUCUCUUUAUGUCCUGUAGAGGGCAGAAAACACAAUGUGACACAUGGACUUUGUUUGUCUGCUGUUACUCAGUUUUGUCACUCAGAAUUCUGGACUGUGUCCUUGUUUAUUUAAAAAAAAAAAAAAAAACUUUAUACUGUCAGUUGUCAGCGGUUAUUUUUCUGUCAAACCCGAAAAAAAAUGUUUCAGUUGUAAAACUGUAUCAUGUUUUUACAGAUGUAACUAUGAACCAACUACAUGUACUAUUUUUACAUCUUUUAAAAAAAAUAUCUAAAUUAUCAUUUUUAUGUGUAUAUGAAACAUGUUUUAACUCGUCAGUGUUCUAGAAGCAACUUGAUCUCUGAUCGACCAGCAGCCAUGAUCAUUAAAAACCAAAUCUGUUACGUGAAGCAUGAGAUCCGAAUAUUCUUAAACAAAGCUUCAUUGGCUUCACACAGUUGCUUCGAGUUGUGUGUUAAUGAACUGAGUGUUUGCGAUCCCUUUGAUUUGCUGCCAAGCCGUGGCGGCUCUUAACGAGCAAUAAACUGAGAGUCAUAAAGAACCUGAACCGACUGUGACCUGAACCACGUCUCAUUGCUUCAUGAACCAGUAGCCAGCGAGCUGAUGGCGUUCUGUAUGUGACCCCAGUAAAGAGUGCUUUAAAGUUGGAUUAAAGGAGGAUCUUUUGCCCUUACUGUUGGUUUUAAAGGU